UAUAAAUGCCAUUCAGGUCGUAAACUACUGCAGUGAAAGGGGAGCAGGUCACUACAACUCAAACAGUUCUCAAGAUGAAGAAGGUUGUCUUUCUUAUUCUGCAAAUGGUCCUCCAAAUGGCAGGCAGCACUUCAUUGAGGUUCAUCAAAUCAAAUGUUCUGGUUUUGGAGGUGUCAGAUCUGUCUAGUACUGAAGUGUCAGUACAUUGUGGAGAGCAGUUUGAGGGAGAAGACAUUCAAUGGGAGAGGAACGGGGAACGCAUUGCUGAGAGUGGAAACCGCAUUACUGUUACAAUAGAUGGUUUACGUGGUGGAAACUUUACCUGUCACAGACCAAAUGGAGAUCUCCUGAAUUACACACUACUACUGGUCCAUCCAGUAGCGUUUCCUAGAGGUGUUCUCAUGCAUUCCAAUGACAGAGAAUUUGUUUCUUGUACUGCAAGAAACUAUAGUGGACAUUUUCAUUGCUCUUGGAAAUGGCACCAGGAAAGGACCCAAAGAGCUGUGGUAUAUUUCGCAGCAAUCCGAAAUUCUAGUGUCAUCAACUGCACUCUGGACUCUAAUAUCUCUGGACUGACUUGUAUUGACAAGGAUCACUGUCCAUACUCUGAGGAGUCAAGGGGCAUCAAUCUCACGCUGUUGGUCAGAAAUCUAUACCGGUUGGAGGAGCACCACAGAAGUUUCCUCAUUCGAGACAUCGUCAAGCCAGAUAAAGUCAGCAUUACCAAGAUUGAAGGUGACAUGUUUGAGUGGCACCCCCCUGAGACGUGGAUGUUCCCAUGCAGUUACUUUCCCCUGUCCUAUGAAGUGAAAGUAGUUCCUUACAACAACAGCUGUGACUACACAGGAAGUCGAGUUGAAAAAAAUGAAAUCAACGAGACACAAUACAAGGUGAACAACAAGAAAACAUAUACCUUCUGCGUACGAGCUCAGGACCCGUUAACUAAAAACAUUUGGAGUGACUGGAGUCACCAUCAUCAAAAACACCGGCACAGCUCAAAGCAAUAAAAGGUCUUCUCAAGGGAACACAGCACUCAGCUUGAUAAUACUUGCAUCUGCUUUCUAUUCCUGACAAAAUAUUGCAGCUAUAAACAUCAUAUUUAUAUGUAUUAUUGAUAUGUUCCGGGAUAAAAUUUGUGCAAUGUUUUUCCAGAUCAUCAAAAUAUUUUGGUUGGCCAUUGUUUUUAGAGUUUUUUUUUUUUUUUUAAGAGAGAGAUUUUCAUUUAAAGAUUGCUGGUUUGUUCUAUCAAAGGUUGUCAGGAUGGUAUUAUUUGUCUUAUUUAUAUGCAAUAAAGUGAAAAAGAAAAUUAACAAACCUAUUUUUCCACUUAUUAUUCACUUACUAGAUUAUUGAUGGUCUCUCUGUAUGUCAACACUGAAAUUCAUGUGGUGUCACAAAACUUAAGCUAAACAACACAUCUAAUGUGUUGAAAAGCAAUAAGUGGAAAAGUCCAUCAGUCGUUCCUGUUUUAA